CAUCUAUUUUAAGUCUGUGACGCGGGGAACCUUUUAAACAACACGUCAGCUCCAAAGGGAGGUAAAACUAAAGUGGAAAUUUAAACUUAACAAGAUGCGGUGGGACCGCACAGACUCUCAAAAAGCAGACAGACGUAUGAGGGACACAGAUGAACUAGUUGAACUAAUUGACAGCAGUCGGUGACAUAUUUGUUAAAGUACAUCUGUGGUGUAUAUAAUAGGACGACUUUUGGAAGAAAAUCACUCAUUUUUCUCACACACCGACAACUGGAUCUAAAAUUACAAUGCCAUCCAGAAGUGCGUGUUUUUUCCUGUUUCUCUCAGCCAUCUUUGGCUCAUGGGUCAUUGCUUCCGGUCAGAAAUCGAACCAACCAAUCAAAGUAGCCGCUUUCAACAUCAAAGGCUUCGGCCGGGCGAAAAUGACCAACGGAGUGACAGCCGGCUACAUCCAAGACAUCGUCGGCCGUUAUGACAUCAUUCUCAUUCAAGAGGUCAGAGACACGACAGGCUUCGCUUUGAACAGACUCUGGACAGGUCUGAACCGCACGGACUCCUGGGGACUAACGGUCAGCGGCUUAGUGGGUCGUACCAACUACAAAGAACAAUAUGCAUUUUUUUACCGGACAAAAAAGAUUAAAGUCACCGGUUCCUUCCAAUAUGACGACAAACUGAACGACCUCUUCGAAAGAGAACCUUUCGCUAUCGAGAUUGAAUACAAUUCAGCCAAAAGGUCAUCCAAAUCCAGAGUCGUUCUUUUGGCGCUACACACAAAGCCCCAGGACACAAUCCAAGAGCUGAAGAGCCUACCUCAAGCUAUGCGUGCAGUCUACGGAGGGUUCAAGCGAGCUAAAGGCAUCAUCGCUCUUGGAGAUCUGAACGCUGACUGCAGCUACCUCAGCAACGCCAUGAAGAAGCAGAUGGAGAUUUUCCAGAGCGAUGGCGACUUCGUCAGCAUCAUCCCGGACACUGAAGACACCACUGUAGCGGCGGGUACCAACUGCGCCUACGACCGCGCCAUCAUACUCGGACAGGACGUAAAGGUCAGCGAUGCCGGGCCUUAUCGUUUCGACUCUGAGCUCGGCCUGGACGUCGAAACCGCGCAAACCAUCAGCGAUCAUUAUCCCAUAGCAUUCAAUUUAUAUUAACUAUUGGACCAUUUAGCCACGAUAGAUAGAAUCUUCUCGAACUUGUAAGUAAUGAGAAUGUCUUUUAUAUGUGUAGGUGACUUUUUGUGCCUGAUGUUUGAGCAUUUUUAGCUCAUUGAAGUAUUGACUAAAAUGAAAGAUACUGUAUACGCAAGUUAACUCUUUAGAGUUUCAAUUAUAGAGCCGUAUGGCAAAAUAUGAUAUGACUGUGCUUGAUUAUUAGCAGGGCCGACCUUAGAUCAUUGGAGGCCCUAAGCAAUAUAUAUUUUGUGGUCCUAAUGAAAUAAACAAUAAAGAAAAAGAAACCGAAAAAAAAAACAUUACGAAAUUUAUUAAAAACCUGCCUGUGUCUAGGCCUAUAUCUAAAUAACUAAAAUUCAUGUAUCGCAAUGUCCGCGGUAGAGUUAGACUAGUAAACAUAGAGUCAUAGUGCUCUACUACGUUUUGAGAUCUGAUCCAAGUAUCGCACAUUUUUCUCUACUUUUCUAGUCCUAUGCGAGGCUCCCACAAUUUAGAGGCCUUUGACGAUUGCUCAGCUGGUCUAUGCCUAAGGCCUGCCCUUGUUUUUUAGGAUAUUUUAAAUUGUAGAUGGGGGUGUUUAAUGCAUUGUUUGUAUAAUGUUCAAUAGUUAAAGCGCCUUUAAGAUCAUCAACUGAGAUGAACAGGCUACUUACCAUUUAAUGAUCAUCGUCGCUUUGAAUAAGAUUAAUAAUUGGAAGCAUAUGUCACUCUGUGAAUUUGUAGUAAAUUUAUUUUUGAGUACGAAGGCCAUUGUUGUUUCACUCCAUCUGUCUGGUGCUAAUUUGUACACGUUAUAUUAAUUAGUGGUAAUUAAAUAAAUCUGUUUUAUAAAGAAAAUUGAGAUAAAUCUUAGAGUAUUGAGAUAUGUGGCUGUAAAUGUGUAGUUCUUUCCCUUAUAUACUUUUUUUUUUUAAAUAUAUAUUUUGCUUUUUUUUUUUAAUGACAGUACUACUGAGCGAUUUUUAAAAAGUUGUCUGCCGCCAGGGUGGGGGGGGGGGCUAUAUAUUUCUAUUAGGGUGCAGCCUUCACAGUAAAUAAUGUCACUUUCGUCUAUUCUUAAUUUCUUAUAUGGAUCUAUUGGUUACAAUUUCAACAGUGGCAUGCGUUUUUUAUUUCAUUUUUAAUUGAUUGAUUGACAUGAAAUGGUUGCUCUCGUUUUCCUAAAUUUGUUGUACUCAUUGAUUUAUAAAGUUUUUAGAAACAUGUAAAGACGAACAUUCAGGAAAUGAAUUAAUGUAUUUUGUUCUUAUAAAAGUUUACGCCAUGUGAAUCUAUCCACUGUCUACAUCUAUCCAUUGAUCUAGUAUACAUCUAGUCCAGUGUCUGUCUUUAUUUAACCAGUGCUUAUAUGUAUCAAAGGUUUAUCUAUACGGAAUAAUUGUCUAUCAUCACGUAUCUAUCUACAUGUAGCCAGUAUCUAUCUACAUGUAGCCAGUAUCUAUCUACAUGUAGCCAGUAUCUAUCUACAUGUAUCCAAUGCUUAUCUACGUGUACCUGAUGUUAAUCGAUAUGUAACCACUUUUCAAUUAAAAUGUAGCCAAUGUCAAUUAAUAUGUAGCCAAUGUCAAUUUAUAUGUAGCCAAUGUCAAUUUUAAUUUAGCCAAUGUCUACUUAAAUGUAGCAAAUGUCUAUUUAUAUGUAUUCAAUGUCUAUUUAAAUGUAGCCAAUGUCUAUUUAUAUGUAGCCAAUGUCUAUCUGUAUGUGCCCGAUGUCAAUUUAAAUGUAGCCAAUGUCAAUUUAUAUGUAGCCAAUGUCUGUUUAUAUGUAGCCAAUGUCUAUUAUAUCUAGUCCAUUUCAAAUUAUACACAGAAAAUGUAGCCAAUGAACUUAUGUCAAAUUAUACAUCUACCUUUACCUAAUGUUUGUCUUUAUGUUGCUAAUGUCUGCAUGUUUCAAUUAUACGAACACCCAUCUAGUUGUGUGUUUUGUACAUUAAUUCUGCACCGGUGGCCCCGGGUUCGAAUCAUGGUAAAGACUGGAAUUUUUAAUUUCGGGAUCAUUAGGGCACCUCUGAAUGCACCCAGCUCUAACAAUUACCUAACAUUAGUUGGGAGUAAAGUAAAGGCGGUUUGUCGUUGUGCUGGCCACAUGACACACUCGUUAGCCGUGGGCCACAGAAACGGAUGAACAUAUAUCAUCUGCCCAAUAGACCACAUUGUCUGAAACUCCAUUCCCUUUAUACUCACUAGCCUUGCUCCUUACGUUGGCUUUAUUGCCACGGGCACCACAGAUUUAUUGUUUUACUAACGCUUUAAGAAAUGUGUUUUAUUUCGUUAGCUUGCUAUUAAAGAUGCCUGAAAUGUACAUAAUGACAACCACAGACUUGGAAAGAUCACGUGGUUUUAAAUUAUCUUUAGUUUAGUACGUUCUUUCAGACGACUGUGACAUCCUAGCACAACAUUUUCACAGGACUGCGAGGGGGUGGCGGAGAGCAGGGUUCGAAUCUAGGAUCCUAGAGACGACACUUCGGGGUGCAUACCCUACCACGAGGCAGCAAUCCCGACAGGGCAGUUAUAGAAGGGGGAUUCACUCUAGAAGUCUUCUGAAUAAUGCUCGUAAAAUUCAAUUAAUUUUUUUUUUAAUUCAUUGUGUUUACUUCCAUGUCUGACACUUUUUUGUUAAAUCAUGUCGUGCUUUUAAAUUGUUUCUAAUAAAUCUUUGAACUAAGGGAAUAAUUCUGCAAUUAAUUUGAAUACUCAAUAAAUAUGAACAUGAUUUA